AAAUCCAUUUCACCAAUCAGAAAAAAACAAUUAUGAGUUCCAGUCCUCCAGCUCCCCCGUCGCCGCCACGUUACAGCGGGAAGGAGGAGCGGCCACGGUUCUUCGACCACAUGACCAAGAAACUGUGCUGGGCGAAAGCCGACACCGUCCCGGGACGGCAUCCCGAUCGGUGGCGUAAAGACGCCGCCGGCAACAUCGUCUGCAAACGCUUCUGCAACUGUCAGGGAUGCCUGUGCUUCGAAUACGAUCACAUUGUUCCAUUCUCCAAAGGUGGUGAAUCGGUAGUUGAGAAUUGUCAGAUUCUUCAAACUAGGGUUAAUAGGUUCAAGUCGGAUAAGGAUCAGCUUGAUAAGACUCAGUUGCGUGGUUACUCCUGUGAUAUUAAUUUUACUGUGAUGUCGAGGAUGAUUGUGAGAGGAGUACUAGAAAAAGGAAGGAAUGAUAUUGUGGGGAUUCCACAAGAAGAGGAUUAGGAUAAUGAUAUACUAGUCUUCAUGUUAUAACAUAUCUUGUUGCAGAGAUCUAAAACCACAACAUACUUUAUCUGCAAUGUUCCAAUACUUGUGUUAUUUUGCAUUCAAUGACAAAACCCUGAAUUUUUAAAUCUCAUCAACAUUUAAACACAUGUGAAAUGCUUAUAAGAAAACCAAGUUUGACGACAUGUUUAGAAAAAUUAUCUUGAAUAUUUGUUUGUAUUUGAUUUAUGCUAAGAAUGGCUUCAAAAGUCAAAAACUAAACAAGUUUUGGACCAGGUGACUGAAUUUUAACAGUACAAGAUGGAAGCAAAUGCUUGAAACACAAAGGUUUCUUCUAUUUGACCCCCGAUUGUUACGAUAAAUGGGUGCUAAAGUCAAUUUUUAAUAAGUUUCUAGAAGAACAUGAACACACGGUUGAUAAAAUAGUAAAAAUGAAGUUGGUGGAAACUCAAUAUAUUGUUUCCUAUACACUUCUAGCGGCUAGGUAUAUGUUAGGAAUGUCAAUCUCCACCAUUGCAUUGGAGUCAGUCACAUUUAAGUUUGCCUUCUGUUAAUCAGUCUAUGAGAGCUGUAAAAGAAAGCGAUGACAAUAGUAAGCAAGAUCCAGGAACUGUACAUGUUCAGUUAUAUAGAGAAAAAAUCUGGUUAUGCCUAAAAGCAUAUGUUGAUAUUCUUCACAAAGCCGAACCACUCAAACUUCAAUAUGAACCCACAAAGCAGCAAGUUUCAUGUUUAACACUCGAAAGUGUUUUUUCCUCUCUGGAAUGUGCUGUUUAACCUUGAAAAUAAAAAAAAGAAUACACCAUCCUAUGUAUGGUAUAAAAGUAAUAGCAGAACAGAUAAUGUUAUUAUAUAUAUGCAAAAAUGAUGAUUAGUACAGCAUAGGGCUGUCCAAAAA